UGACCUCAAAGAAAUGGCGGCUCGGCGUAUGCGUCAACGUCAACGUGACCUUACUAAAGUGGCGAAUUUGCCGGGCCUGUGUGUGAUUUGUUGGUAACCAAAUCUGUUCCUGGCGCUAUGGAGAAAAGAAAGAAACCAUUCGAUGUGACGGCGGCUUCGUUAGUCGAUCUGAAGGCAGAACUUCAUCGGAAACAGGAAGAGUUCAGAAAGGAUAAACUUCUAAAAGAAGCUGGAGGUCUAUAUAAAGCCAAGACAAGUAACAAGAAACCAACUAUCUGGAGCAAACAAAAUACAGGUGUCACUGCUCGGGCUGAGAAGGAUGUUGAAGAAAGGACUGAGGAACAACAGACACUUGAUAAAUCAAGGCAGAGGUUGGAGGAAAAGGCAAAACUUUAUGACCAGAUGACCAAAGGAGAUUUGCCAGAUGAAGAAACAGAAAGCAUGUAUCUGGUGGAUUUCACACAGAAGAUAUUUGACAAGCAGAAGGAGCGGCAGGCCGAAAGUGAGAAUCAGGCAUCCAAGGCAGCAAAGACUGAACAGAAUGAGGAUUUAGCACCUGCGUCUGAAAUGGUACCACCUCAGAACCCUGAUGAAGAAUGGGUGGACUAUGUGGAUUCUUUAGGCCGAUCCCGAAGAUGUAUGAAAAAAGAUUUGUCGGGACUACUCGCUAUGGAUAGAGAUUUAAGGGAAUCAAGACAGGAGGCAGAUAAAAAGACGUUGCUUUCUGAAGACAUGAAGAGGGAAUUUCAGCGGCAGCAGUGGGAAAAAGAGGAAGAGGAAGCACUGAGCAGGCCGAUUGGACCAGUGCACUAUGAGGACAUCCGCCAAAAUGAGGCUCGGGAGCUGGGUGUAGGAUAUUUCGCCUUUGCUCGUGAUGAAGGCACCAGGAAGAAGCAGAUUGAAACCCUGGACAUGCUGAGAGAACAGACAAUGGAUCAGAGAACCAAACGAGAGAAACUGAAGGAGAAGCGCAAAGCCAUGCUGAGUGCCAGGUUGGCAAAGGUUCGUGAGAGGAAGAUGAAGAAAUUGAAAGCUGAUGGAAUUGAAGUUACUGAAGAACUGCAGAAGGAAGGCACAGCUGAAGAGACUGAGGAGCAAGUGACAGUACCAGCAACUUCAGAAUUGGAUGCAAAGCAGAAUGAAGCCACAGGAUCAAGGAAUAAGAAAGUGGAGAUCGUAAUUCAGGAGCGUAAGGACACAAAACCUGGUGUUCCGCAUGUCCGGGAAUGGGACAGAGGAAAAGAGUUGCUGUUUGACUACUGGUCCAAGAACCACCCGGAUCCAAGAGAUGAGAGACCAGCUGAAUUUGCACCCCCUUCAGACUAUUACAGUGAAUCAAAGAGAUUAAAUAAUAUGAGGGACCAGCUUCGAUCCUCCUUCAAACGGACUCCACAGUUUCCCAAUGUGGAUUUACAAAGCAAUUCAAAUCUUCAUCAGCCAGCCAGUAGCAACACUUUGGACGAUAUGCUGUCUUACUACAAGCAUUCUACCUGAACAGACCUGAGAGCUGCCAUAUUAAAGGGUUGUCCAGAAGCAUCAUGCUCUGUUGAUGGACAUCAGUCAGUACCUUUCAGUCACAAGAGCACAUUUAAAAGUUCAUGUAACAGUAUUUGGACAAAAUCUUCUGUAAGUGUUGCAGAAAGCUUCUAAGGAGAGAUAGGGUUUUUGGAGCUUGAGCUAAAUGAACAAGCCUUAGAUGGCUUUUUUUUUUAGCAGAACAGAAUUUAUUUUAAUGAAAAUAUUUGCAGUCACUUGGCCAGUAGGUGAUGUUUAAGUUCUGUAGCAGUUUGUAUUUCCCCACCACCAUCCAGCAACAGAACUCUACAGGUAAAGUAGCAAUGGCAAUUUAUAAGAAAUAUUUCAGCACUCUGCCUUAUUAUGAAGAGACAAAACUGUGACAGCUUUAGCCACUUAAUACUUGGAUAAGCAAUUAAUGCAAUUUAAAGCUACUUGCCAGCACAUUCACCAGCUGUACCAGGACUCUCAAAAAUCCAUCACACAGCUCUACUAAAUCAGGACUCAUGGUAUUGGUGAUGCCAAAGUAUCAACUAGACGUUUCUAAUACCCCAACUUGCAUUUCUCCUCUUCCCCCACCCCCCCCCCCCCCACAUUGCACAGCAAUUAUAGCGUGCUUUUAAGUGAACCUUGUGAAUUAAGAUUAAGCUGGGAGCCAAUAGUCUUACAAAAAGUUGUGUGUCUUUUUUAACCAGCAUCAAAAGAAGUGGUGAUGUAUUAUGUUGGGAACUUUAAGCAGCCCCGACAAACAUUGCCACUUUGAGUCAGAGAUGGGCUGCAACACCUUAAGGCAGAGUGACAGAUUGCCAACAAGCAGCGCAAAAACCAAAUGCUUCCAACUUUUACUUCUGUAUCACUCUCCAAAUUACUGACAAACUUUCACUAGAACAACCCAUAUUGUCAGUUGCUUUUGACUUUUAUAAAUAAAAAUAUAAAUAAGUCAC